AUGGACAAAGGAAACAAGAACAUCCAUUCGGUCGACUAUGAAUCUCCAAAAGCUGGUGGUAUGAGAUGGGUGAAGUCGGAAAAUGGGCAUGAAAGAUUGGUGUAUGUAAGCUUCUCAUCUCCAAAUAAAUUAACCCAGAAGGACCUGGUACGAGGUCUUCCAAACUCAAGAGUCACCUGGAUACGGGUUCACAAAACAAAGGAGGAGACUCUCGAGGUGUUAAUGGUUCUUGUCAAGAAGAUUCAAGAGAAAGCAAAAAAGGGGGGGAUCACGCACAAUUUCUCUACACCAAGGACUCCACAGCAAAAUGGUAUUGCUGAAAGAAAGAACGGAACUAGAAGAUGUGGCAUGGAAAAUGCUCAUCGACUAUGGAAUCGCCAAAAUUCUGGGCAAAAGCAGUAUGAUGAUGUUAACUGUGCAAGUUUUUCUGUGGAAAGGAAAAGCACUUCUGGAAUGGUUCACUUUCCAUGA